AUGUCCCUAAACACCGAAAAGCCAGUCAUUGCCAUUGUUCAAGGUGCAUGGCAUCGCAGACCUCACUACGAAGCCUUCACCCAAGCCUUGACAUCCAAGGGCUACACUGUCCUUCAACCUGGGAACACUACGGCUGGUCUCGUCGAGAAUAUCAAGGGAAAGACCCAUCUGGAUGAUGUUGAAGUUAUACGCCAGACACCCCAACCUUCUCUGGACGAAGGAAAGAAGAUUGUUCUUGUCUGCCAUAGUUAUGGUGGCAUCCCAGGCUCCGCAGCUGCUGAGGGAUACCAAUUUCAUGAGCGAGAGGCUCAGGGCUUAAGAGGUGGCAUUGUUCACGUGGUAUAUGUCGCGUCUUUUGCGUUACCAGUGAAGGGUCUUUCUCUCUUGGCUGCUGUCGGUGGAACAUUUGGACCUUUCCUUGAUCGGACGGAUGAUGCGUUGUAUCUGAACGAUGCAGCGAAGGAUACAUUCUACAACGAUCUUCCUUCCGACGAAGCCUACAAGGCCCUAGCACAGUGCGCUCAUCAGAGCACCGCUAGUCUUGAAACAGCAGCGGACUUUGUCGCAACUGACAUCACUGUACUCAAGACUUAUGUUGUCUGUGACAUUGACCACUGUAUUCCUGUGGAGGGGCAGCAGGCUAUGGCUGGAGCAAUGAGAGAGGGUGUCCAGAUUGAGACCAUUCACGCUGGGCAUGUCCCCUUCCUGAGUGAGGAGGCAAUAGGCAAGGUGGUUGAUAUUAUUGAAAAAGUCUGCCAGUGA